UCUUGCGGCAGCUGAUCCUUGCUCCUGAAAGGCUGACCUCUGCCCUGUAACGUGCGGCUGUCCGAGCCUCAGCUGCGGCCGCGCAGCCGCGGGCUCCCUGGGAGUCCCGGCCGCAGCCGCUCUGCCGGCUCAGCAGCGCUGGUCUCGUGUUGCUGGUCCUCGUGCCCGCGCUUCAGCCCGAUGCUUCUAGCAGCUGCUGGAUGGUUGAGCACAAAUGACAGGCUGCGGUUCACCGUAAAGGGAGAGUGAGAGCUGCUUCUCUUCGGAGCCAGAGAGAGGAGGUGUGUCAGGGCACCAGCUCCCUGGGAAGAUUCUCGCCGCGGCUCAACAUCGUCGCUUCCUUUUACACUUCUUGUCAUCCAGGCGUUCCGUGCUCUUGACCUGGGAAAGAUGGUUAUAAUAGUAACGAAGCUGGUGCACUGCUUUCAUCUCAGUCGCAGAUAUGGCCAGUAUACCAUGAACCAGGAAAUCACCAAAGUUAUAGAAAGACCUCCAUUUGAUCGAUCAAGUUCCCAGGAUUCUUUGGAUGAACUAUCUAUGGAAGAUUAUUGGACCGAGCUAGAAAAUAUCAAGAAAUCCAGUGAGAACAGACAAGAAGAUCAAGAGGUGGUGGUUGUCAAAGAGCCUGAUGAGGGAGAACUGGAAGAAGAGUGGCUUAAGGAGGCCGGUUUGUCCAAUCUCUUUGGAGAGGCUGCUGGAGAUAACCAAGAAAGCAUGGUGUUUUUAUCAACACUGACCCGGACGCAGGCGGCAGCUGUUCAGAAACGAGUAGAGACUGUCUCCCAGACCUUGAGGAAAAAAAACAAACAGUACCAGGUUCCUGACGUCAGAGACAUAUUUGCUCAACAGAGAGGGUCAAAAGAAAGGGAGCCUCCAGAUGGUGCAGAAUCACAAUCAGUCAGAACAGACGAAAACAAAUACCAAGGAAAAGAUGAUCAGGCAUCUAGCCUAGUUGUUGGCGGAAAGGAGCUGACUCCAUUGGUGCCUGAAGAGGCACCUGUCUCUGAAACAGACAUCAACCUGGAGGUAUCAUUUGCAGAGCAAGCUGUCAAUCAGAAAGAGAGCUCCAGAGAGAAAAUCCAGAGGAGCAAAGGGGACGAUGCCUUGUUACCUAGUUUCAGAUUGCCAAAAGACAAAACAGGCACCACCAAGAUUGGUGACCUGGCGCCCCAGGACAUGAAGAAAGUUUGCCAUUUAGCCUUAAUUGAGCUGACCGCCCUCUAUGAUGUAUUGGGUGUUGAACUGAAACAACAAAAAGCUGUGAAAAUCAAAACAAAAGAUUCUGGCCUUUUUUGUGUUCCAUUGACAGUGCUGUUAGAACAAGAUCAGAAGAAAGUACCAGGAACUCGAAUACCCUUGAUAUUUCAAAAACUGAUUUCUCGCAUUGAAGAGGGAGGUUUGGAAACAGAAGGCCUCUUAAGGAUACCUGGAGCUGCUGUUCGAAUCAAGAAUCUUUGCCAAGAACUGGAAGCAAAGUUUUAUGAAGGGACUUUUAAUUGGGAAAGUGUUAAGCAGCAUGAUGCCGCCAGCCUGCUGAAGCUCUUCAUCCGGGAGCUGCCCCAGCCACUGCUCAGUGUAGAAUAUCUCAAAGCCUUUCAGGCUGUCCAGAAUCUUCCAACCAAGAAGCAACAACUACAGGCUUUGAACCUUCUUGUCAUCCUCCUGCCCGGUGCAAACAGAGACACGCUCAAGGCCCUGCUUGAAUUUCUCCAAAGAGUCGUGGACAAUAAAGAGAAAAAUAAGAUGACGGUCAUGAAUGUAGCAAUGGUCAUGGCCCCGAAUCUCUUCAUGUAUCAUACAUUGGGUUUGAAGUCCAGUGAACAGCGAGAAUUUGUAAUGGCAGCUGGGAUAGCUAAUAUCAUGCACUUAUUGAUUAAGUAUCAAAAACUUCUGUGGACAAUUCCCAAGUUUAUUGUCAACCAAGUGAGGAAACAAAACACUGAAAAUCAUAGAAAAGAUAAAAAAGCCAUGAAGAAAUUGCUGAAGAAAAUGGCUUAUGACCGGGAAAAAUAUGAAAAGCAAGAUAAGAGUGCAAAUGAUGCUGACGUUCCUCAGGGAGUGAUUCGAGUGCAAGCUCCCCAUCUUUCGAAAGUUUCCAUGGCAAUACAGCUAACUGAAGAACUCAGAGCCAGUGAUGUACUUGCCAGGUUUCUCAGCCAAGAAAGUAGUGGGGUUGCCCAGACUCUCAAGAAUGGGGACGUUUUUUUGUAUGAAAUUGGAGGAAAUAUUGGGGAACGCUGCCUCGAUGACGACACUUACAUGAAGGAUUUAUAUCAGCUCAACCCCAAUGCUGAAUGGGUUAUAAAGUCAAAGCCAUCAUAGAAGUCUUAACGCUGCAAAUAACCGCAAGGACUCCCUUAGUCAUAUUUGCUGGGUCAAGAGUGUAAAUAAAAGAAACAGUGGGACACUUUUAUUAUUCAAAUGUACCUGACUCUUGAAUAGUGACACACUCAAGCUUUAAAAAGUUAUAGAUUUGUGCUGCUGCCAGAUUAUGUUAAUUGUUUUUAUUCAUAUUAUUAUUAGAAAACAUCUCUGGAGUGAGAAGAAAGGGGCUUAUUUAGCUUGGAGGCUAUUUUCAUACACUCUGUGGAAUGUGUCCAGAAGUGACAUCAUUUUCUUUAAAUGUGAAAAUAUGCUCUCUUCCCUCUCUUUUUUUCUCCUAAAAUAAUACAUACAGUAAUAUAUGCUUUUUCACCUUUCUCUCCUCCUGCCAUCUGCCUUCCCCCAAAUUGGUUUACUUUUCAACCAAAAAGGUAACAAAUACCAGGUAUGGCAAGUUGUAAGGGCAGUACCUGUUAAACCAGACUGAAUUCAACAGUAUUCCUGUCUCUAUUGAACGUUAAUAUUUACCUCUUUGAAUCAUUUGUUCAAACAAUAGCAUCCCACUUCUUCCUGCUGUAUCACAUGAAGUGAUUUGCAUUUUUUUUCAGUUUAUCUGACAUAUGUGCACAGAACUGUAUCCACUAUCAAGAAAAUAGAACUGUCAGAAACUGCCAAUUAUUACUGCACCAUUUAAGACUUACAUACUCAGAAUAAAUAAAAAAAUCCACGUGGAAUAACUGGAUUAUGGAUAACAAGAGAGUGAAAGCCAGAUCACUUCACGUAUGCUGUAGUCUUCUCAAUGAAACUUAAAAAGUCAUAGCUGGCUUUACCUGUUGUCAUAUUAACAGUACAAAUAUGCAUGAUUGUAUGAUCCAGUAAUUGUUGAGAAUGUAUUCUGCUGAAAGGGGAAUUUUUUUUUUAACUCAUAAAUAAGUCAACAGUAAGAGUUAUUCUUCUGGGUAUGACACAGUCAUAUGAACAAGCUUUUGUUUGUGUCCUUAUUUUAAAUAAUCAGAGCAAAUUUAUUACAAUGCGGUGGAAAGGACUGUUCCCAGGGAUUUUAAUGCACGAACCAUAUUGUGAAAAGAGAUGAGCCUCUGUAUGUAAAUAAGAGGAAUGAAGUGACAGAGAAAUGUUCAAUAUUUUUUGAGUUUAGAGUGUAGUAAAUAAAAGGUGAUGUAAAUAAAUAUUGCACAACUGUGUUUAUGAUACUUUUAUUAGGACUUUAGGAAAAAUUGCACAUUCUCAGAAGCUCUUGAUGUCACUCUAAUUAGGAGGGAAAAACGCUGCUAAUGAGAACAGUCGCAAAUUUUAAUUAUAAGAGCAGCCUGUGGAUAUGAUCACUUAAAUAUCUUUGUGGUGAUUUGUGCCAUUGCUUUUUUAUUUAAAAAAUUUUUAUAAUUAAAUGCUUUUUUCUAAAUUAUCUUCUCUUGGAAUUAUUACUUUUAACCCUAUGCGUUCAUGAGUAUAAUAAUGGACCAUUUUUGUUUUUGUUAAAAGUCAUUUCUACUUUUACUGUUCCUAUUUAUUGUUCCUCUGUAAUUUUUAAAGUGGG